AUCGCGGCUUUUAGCGUCUGGCGCUGGUAACGUUCAUUGGAUGAGAGUUGGCAUCGGAGAAAACACCCCGAUAACGGGCAGACAGGCAUCAACGCUUUGUCGCCGAAUAACCAUCGAAGCAGACACACAUAAAGCGCCAUUUCACGGGCCAUGAUGGGGAGGUUGAGUGAGGUGGCUCUUGCCUCCUUCCUCAUUCUGUUUCUUCUGAACACUGAGUCCACAUGGGCUAAAAAAAGUGGUAGCUUUGGUAGCUCAAAGAAAACAUCAUCAUCUUCCAGUAACAAGGGCGGGACGCAGUCAAAGCCCAGCUCUGGCUCCAGAAACACCAAUCCAUAUCCUUCUGGUGGAACUUAUCCUCAUCCAGGAGGAGGUAACUCUAACCCAGGUGGAUACCCCAGACAAAACCCAGCAAGUUACCCAGGAGCUGGUAGUAACCCUAACCAGUACCCUGGUAGAGCCAAUCCUGGAGGUUAUCCCAACCAGAACCCGGCCGGUGGUUAUCCAGCUGGCGGUGGCUACCCCAACCAGAACCCAGCUGGUGGCUAUCCAGCUGGUGGUGGCUAUCCCAACCAGCGCCCUGGUGCUGGCGGCUAUCCAGCUGGAGGAGGUUAUCCCAACCAAUACCCUGCUGCAGGAGGUUAUCCCAACCAACGCCCUGGUGCCGGAGGCUAUCCAGCUGGAGGAGGUUAUCCUAACCAGUACCCUGCUGCAGGAGGCUACCCUGCAGGAGGAGGUUAUCCUAACCAGCGCCCAGGUGCCGGAGGCUACCCAAUGGGAGGAGGUUAUCCUAACCAGUACCCAGCAGCAGGUGGUUAUCCAGUCAGAGGGGGGAAUACAGGACAGGGUUUUGGUAUGCAGCCUGGUAUGAAUCCAGGAGGUUACCCUGGUGGAGGGUAUGGUUACCCCAACUGGAACCCAAAUAAUAAGAUCCUCAGUCCUGGCUAUGGCGGAGGAGGCUAUGGUGGUCAUGGGAUGGGAGGGUCUCCUUUCUCUCGUUCUGUGCAGAAUAUGGGUUACCAGCCCAAGUCGUCAGGUUUUGCCAAAAAAGCUAUGGUGGCAGCGGGCGUUGGCGCUGUGGCUGGGAUGGCCCUCGGAUACGGACUUGGGCGCUUCCCUCGACCACAUUUCAACUUUCGCAGCCCUCAAGAAGAGCAGAACUACAACAACUACAUGUACCGCCGCUAUGGCACCCAGUCCACUGAUGAAAAAGAUUAUGGCCGUGAUUACGUCUACAAGCCUCCGCCCCGGGCAGAGACUUACGAGAACUUCAUGGGUCGCUGUAUGAAUAGGACCGACCUUCUCAAAAGUGAUGGCAGCAGCUCUACCACUACCACUAAAAGUCAAGGUGGAGGCGAUGAGGAUGAUGACACCGUCAGCAUAGAGGAGAUCGGAUACCCAGCCCUAAUUGAGCAAAUGAAGUCCCGACGCUGCAUGGAGCGUUACAUGGUCUACUCUGAGCGCUUUCUGGAAAAACAAAAAGCUGAGCAACAGAUGCAGCCGAGUCGCAGCAGCCCUCUGAGCUACGGGGUGAUUCAGCUGUUCACCUCUGUCUUCAUGCUGCUGUCCAGCAUGCUCCUUCUCCAGUGAGAGCCAUAAAGGGAUUUCUACUUCCUCUAUUAUAUCUGCACCUCCACUUCCUACUAAUGUAUAUUAUCUCCAUUAUACAAACCAUAGCUGUAUAUUUUGCUAGCUCCUUGGGUCACACUGGAUUAGUCAUUUAUUAUCACUGGAGGAAUCGUGCAAAAAGUAACAACAUGUGUAAAGCAGCCAGUUUUAAGAGGCAGCAGUCAUUUAAAAAUGUAGUUAGACAUGCUGCUGCACUUGUUUAGUUUGUUUUUGAAUUUGUUUAGCAUCUCUGUUAUUUUUCACUUUUCUACUCCACAUUACUGAGCACUGGAUUCAUAGAAAAGACAUUCAGGUUACUUAAGUUCAGUUUUUCUGACAACAGAUGUGUAAAAUAGGAAUGUUACAUUAAGAGUUUUAUAUUUACGUGCAGACACAUCAAACUAACAUCACUCCACCGUUCAUUUAUCCUUUUCAUCUGUACUGGACAAGUCACUAGACUGAUUUUACAAUUGGUUAAAUGGGCUAAAAAUGAAAUAUGAAAAGUGCCACUAAUAAAUUUGGAUUUAAGUAAACAGAAGUAUACAAAGUUGACCCAUAAUUAGUUGAAGACCAGUUGUCAGUAUAUUUUAAGAAAUUUUACUUAAUCCCAUGUUAAAAAAAAAAAGAGCAAAUUUCAGGUGUUUUGAUCUCUUCCAAAUAAUCGAGUUUGGAAAUAGGAACAAAAUGAAAGAUAACCGCCCCCUCCAAACAAAGGUGCUAAAAGAAGUAAAAGAACUUUACUUACACUUUCAGGGAAGCUACUAAUGAGAAACAACAUAUAAAUGUAUUCACUCCACAAUGUAGUUUUCCAGUGGUUUGCUGCAAAUGAUGAUUAAUCUGUGGUGAUGGUUCUGCUCUGCACUGUUUAAUGGUCAUGAGAUGAGACGUUCACAUUUUAGUACUAAUUCUUGGCCUUAAUGGUGUUUACACACUGGAAAAUAGGAUAAGCAUUUCCGAAGAUAAGAUAAGACUUUUUUGAUCCAACGCAGGGGAAAUUCACUCGUUACAGUGGCUCACGAUAUACAAAGUGGAGAAUGAAAUACUUGGUUACAGUAGCUCAGUAGGUAGAGUGGGCUCCCCAUAUGCAAAGGCUGAGCCCUUGCCGCAUGCGACCCAGGGUUCGACAUGCAAACAACAUGCAGCCGUUUGCUACGUCAUUCCCCCUCUCUCAAAAACUAUAGCCCAAAAAACAUCUUAAUCUAAAAAGUGGAUAAAAUACUCAUAAAUAAAUAGUUGGCUCAGGAGGUAGAGAGAGCUCUCCAUGUCCGCAACGCUGAGUCCUUCCUGCAGCGAUCUGUUCCAACUCCGUCCUGUGGUCCAUGGGCGUUUCCUUUGCUCUCUCGCUCUCUGCUUUCCCAUCUGUCUUCAGCUGUCUAGCCGUAAACAGCCAUAAAUCCCAUAAAUCCUUAUUCAGUCAGUGACCUUACAUCAAUUAAACAAAGUGGGGAAUCUUGGAGGCCAUUUCCCUGCUGAUGGUUUAAUAUCCCCACAAUAAACAGCUAAACAUUUGUAUGAAAAACUAGGUACAGAAUAGUCCUACUCCUCCUCAGGUACAUGAUACUAACACAUUAUUAGCUGCCUGUAUAACCCUGGAUUGCAUGUAGUAGCUCUUGACAGUAAAGGGUGCAUCGAAGUCGUCGUGUCCUUUGAUUUGCAGCAAAUGGUGCAUGUGGUGUAGUGGCGUCAGUACCUUGCCUGCAGCUGUUUCAGAACAAUAAGUGCAUUUGUUGACAAUAGCGCCUGAUGCUUUUGGUCUGUGUUGCGCUGGCUCGGUGAAAGCUGGAGUUCACAACAAUUCAAGAUUUUAACCGUAAAAUUGUCGCAUCCCAGCUCUAUAUCUGCUUUAUUUCUGUCGCUCAUCACACACACUGUCUUUGUGUGGCAUCUAUCAUCAGUCAGCCUAGAUUAAAACUGGAAGUGGAAGCACUGGCACUGGCUUAAAACUGCCUGGAAGUUACAGAGAGCAGCCACGUCGAAUAGUGUUGUCGAGGAUAGAUUUGUUCCCGCCUUGAGCUGAUCAGUUUGACGUCUUCCUCUCAUCACUUGACUCUUCCCCUAGCACAGUGAGAUAGUCAUUGGUCAGGUGUUGGCAGGUCUGUAAAUGUUUGCUUCUUUUGAGCAGUUUUCUGAGUCAGUUUAAUGGACUUUAAACUCCCAGUAAGUUUGUGGGGUUAUGUAUAGUGAAGUUUAUCUUUUGUGUUUGGAAUAUUUUACUAUCCCAGCUUAGAUUUUUAUUUUAUCUGACUGUUUUAAUUGUUAUUUUCCCUCUAUGUUUGUAACUUUGCACUUUGUAACUGUGUUUCUAAGAAUGACACAUACGUUUGCAGGCUGUCAGUGAUCUAUUUUCAAGUAAAUAUUCAGUUUAAAGAAAAAAAAAACUACUGCCUACUGUUAAUUUCUGUUUUUUUUGACAGUGUACUGGUAAAAAUAUUCAGUUUGUAAUAAUUUAUAUGUAAAAUCAAAAUGAAAAAGUGUAGUACUGUCCAAAUUCUCACGAAACAGCCUGUGCAUUAUACCAGGAAGUGAUUUCCAUCAUGAUGGCUCUAUUCGGCUUUGUUCGUGUCCAGCCAGUCUUCACAUUUCUCUUUUAUCUCCCAGUAAAUUGAUUUUUCACAUUACACACAGGGACUUCCUGUUCAUCGUUGUUCCUAGCAAAAUGUUUUAAAUCGACUGACUUUUUCAAACCAUUUAGGCUGUCAAAUAUCUAAGUGCAGUUAUCUAUGUUAGGAUUAGAUAUUCUGUAACUGUGUCAUGGAGCAUAUAUUGUUCAUACUCCAUGGGUUUUGACCUGCAAUUGUAAACACUUUGGGUUACUCAUCGUAAUAUUACUAAUAUGAUACAGUAUGUCAUGAAUGUUUAUGUGAUAAAUAAAAUCAGUCACAAAAUGUU